GAUAUUGGUUCAACGGGAGGGUGUUAAACUGUCAGUUAAACUGUCGGAUAGUUUGAUCGUGAGAGGAGUUUGUCUGUUUAUGAGCGGCAUGGAACACAGCAAAAGGGAGUGUGUGUCGCUGCAUGUGGGCCAGGCGGGCGUGCAGAUUGGCAAUGCCUGCUGGGAGCUGUACUGCCUGGAGCAUGGUAUCGAACCCGACGGGCAGAAGGCCGGGCACAGCAGCCUGUGCAGCUCGGACGACUUCUCUUUCAGCACGUUCUUUUCUGAGACGGAAUCGGGCACGCAUGUGCCCAGGGGCGUGCUGGUGGACCUGGAGCCCACAGUUGUAGAUGAGGUGAGGAAGGGGCCGUACCGUCAGCUCUACCACCCUGACCACCUCAUCUCAGGGAAGGAGGACGCCGCCAACAACUACGCCCGUGGGUACAUCACUGUGGGCCAGGCCAUGAUCCCGACCGUCGUGGACCGCAUACGCAAACUGACUGAACAGUGCGCCGCUCUCCAGGGCUUCCUCAUCUUCCACAGCACGGGAGGAGGGACCGGCUCAGGCUUCACCUCCCUGCUGAUGGAGCACCUGUCCGAGGAGUACAGCAAGAAAACCAAGAUGCAGUUCUCCAUCUACCCCUCCCCCCAACUCUCCACCGCCGUCGUAGAACCUUACAACGCCGUCCUCGCCACCCACACCAACAUGGAGUACUCCGACUGCCGCUUCAUGAUGGACAACGAAGCCCUCUACGAGAUUUGCCAACGCAAUCUGAACAUCACCCGACCGAUGUACAGCAACGUCAACCGUCUCGUGAGCCAACAGGUCUCCAACAUCACAGCUGCGCUAAGGUUCAGGGGCCCGCUCCACUUCAACUUAACGGACUUGCAGACUAACCUGGUGCCAUAUCCACGGAUCCACUUCCCAUUAUCGUCCAUGGCUCCGGUGAUCUCCUUGGAAAAGGCGUACAAUGAACAACUAACCGUCGGGGAGAUAACCAAAGCGGUGUUCCAACCCGCUAGCCAGAUGGUGAAAUGCGAUCCGCGCCGGGGACAGUAUAUGUCGUGCUGCCUGCUCUAUCGUGGUGACGUGGUGCCCAAGGACGUGAACACGGCGCUGGCAAGUAUCAAAGCUAAGCGCAUGGUGGAUUUCGUGGACUGGUGCCCGACCGGGUUUAAGUUUGGCAUCACGUACCAGCCGCCCACGGUGCCAGGGGGGGACAUGGCCAAAGUGCAUCGGGCGGUCAGUAUGCUGAGUAACACGACGGCGAUCGCUGAGGCCUGGGACAGACUGGAUCGUAAGUUUGAUUUGAUGUUCGCCAAACGGGCCUUCGUGCACUGGUACCUGUGCGAGGGGAUGGAGGAGGCGGAGUUCAUGGAGGCCAGGGAAGACAUGGCGGUGCUGGAGAAGGACUAUGAGCAGUUGGGGAGCGACACUGUGGAGUGA